AUGGAAGCAUCAUUGAUGCCGUCUACGGAAAACGAAGAUGAGACAGAGGAGGAACCGGCAAGCCAAGAUGAGAAAGACGCUACCAUGAAUGGAAUGCCGCUCAUCAUGCUUACAGUCGGUAUGAUGGGCAUCGUCUUCUUGAUGUGUCUCGACCAUUAUAUUCUCGAAAGCACUGCAGCCACGGCGAUACCACGCAUAACAACGGACUUCAAUGCGCUACAGGAUGCAGCCUGGUACAGCAGCGGAUACUUCCUGACAAACAUGGCCUUGCAGCCAGCUUUUGGGCAGCUGUAUAAACUGUUUUCGAUCAAACUCAUUUUUCUCGCUUGCCUGCUAAUUUUUGAGGCCGGCUCUAUCCUAUGUGCCUUAGCGCCGUCAUCUAUAGCCCUCAUACUCGGCAGGAUCGUCACGGGCAUCGGUGGCGGCGGUCUCUAUAUCGGCUGUGUAGUGCUUAUCGGCUACGUUGUCCCUUUGAAGCGGCGCGCCGCGUACAUUUCCAUGGUCACAAGCCUGGACGGAGCCGCAUCUGUUGCGGGACCGCUGCUCGGAGGUGUUUUCACAGAUUCAUCGUUGACUUGGCGCUUCUGCUUUUGGAUCAACCUUCCCAUCGGCUUUGUUGCCUUUGUUGUAUUGUGGUGGUAUUUGCGUGACCCUCCUCAACAUACAGCUGUGGCGGGAUCGGUAUUCCAGAGAUUACUGGCUGUUGACUGGCUUAGCUUGACUCUGCUACUCGGCGGCUUCUCAAUGCUAUUACUUGCCCUUCAAUGGGCUGGUAUCGUGUACUCCUGGUCUGAUCCACAUAUAUACGGAAUGCUCGUAGGAGCCAGCCUUGCCUUGAUUCUCUACUUUCUUUACCAAGCCCACCAAGGAGACAAGGCUGCUAUACCAUAUCGCAUUUUGCGCCAAAGAACUGUAUUUUUCAGCGCUGCCUUCAUGCUGCUCAUGAACAUGUUCAUAGGUGCGCUGGUAUACUACCUGCCCUUCCAGUUCCAGGCCGUCCGUGGAGAUAGUGCCAAAAAAUCUGGGGUUGUCAACCUAGCGUUUCUUGUGCCCCUUUUGGCUUCGCCAUUGGUGAGCGGGAGCGCGAUCAGCCUGGUUGGUUGGUACGUACCGUUCAUGUACCUGGGCAGUAUCGUUGCAACAAUUGGCGCUGGACUCCUGACGACCUUGAGUGGCGCUACGCCGCAGGCGAACCUUAUCGCAUACCAAUUUCUAGCCGGCUUUGGGGGCGGCCUCUGCCACCAGAUCCCCUACACGUCAAUUCUUCACGUACUACCCGCGAGUGACAUGGUACCAGGCAGCGCGCUAUGCAGCUUCUUGAACAGUCUCGGGUCAAUCCUAGGUAUCAUCGUAGCCCAGGUGAUCUUCGCAAGCCUCCUGGCACGCAACCUUCAGGGGCUGGUCGGCGUUGACGCACAAACCGUGAUCCAGGCUGGACCAACCAACAUCAGCAACGUCGUAUCCGGCGUAAUAGCCGACAAGGUUCGUACUGCAUAUAACGGCGCCUUGCGGGACACUUAUGUCUUGCCCGUCGUUGCGGCUGGCUUAUGCUGCUUCUGUGCUGUUGGAAUGGAGUGGAAGCGCAUUAAGAAUUAAGGAGUGUUACACUUGACAGGGUUCUAGGCAUCAUUCGUCCUAUGUGCCUAACUCCGACGGAAAGUUGUUGACGGGUCGAGGUUAACACAUGCUUAAUAUUACCGUAGUACAGAGACAGAUAUCUGCGUCGCAUUAGCGUAUUGUUCUCACCGUCUUACAUGCAUGGUAUGUCAGUACCCCCCAUUGGUGGGCGGUGCGUAGUUAACUAGGUAGGUACCUCAUUAUUGUAGCAUGAAGUGCCAUGAAGCUCAGAAUAGUUGUUGAUUAGGUCUAAGUUCCGAGGAUAAUCUACAGCUCCAAUGAUCUCUAACGUACCUAGGCACUAGUCUCGUCACCUGACAAUUAUGGUGGAAGGAUCGAUCUUGAAAAAAACCAACUAAGCUUAGAUCCAAUUUUCGAGGCGUUAAUUUGAACCUUCCACAGUUUAAGCCGGAUGGUUCAGUCUAACACGAUAAGCAAUUUAAAUAAAAGGCUUAAAAUGACUGCGUCGGCGGUAGCGGAAUGAAGGCGAGGCUCUGUGUGACGCUAGAAUCUCUGUGUGACCCGAAGCAGUGGUAACUGUGCCGGCUCACUACCCGAUUUGCCCACAAUUAUAUAGUACAUCGCAUAUCCCUACAGUAUCGAGGCAUUUCGAUAGGUCCGGCAUCUCCCGCUGGGUAAGAU